AAAAUCGGGACAUGCCCAGACACGCCACUCCACUACCGCUGCUAAAUCGACACCACUCCACGUCGCAGACCUGCACGGGCGCCCUGCACUUUAUUUCCCAGUGUAAAAAAACAAACAAACACAAAUAUCACCCUGCAUCAUCAGCGGCAUCAGCAUCCGCAGCACGUGCGUGCGUGCGGAAUGAGCACUCGCGGCCACGUGGGGUGGACGCGAGACUCUUCGGCUCCACGUGUUUCCAGACCGCCGCCCGGGACCCCCGAAGUACGACUGAGAGAAGAGAGGAGAGGCUGGGCGUGAGAGGAGAAGCGCCUCAAGUCCCAGUGUGCAGCCAUCGCCUGCGGCGUCUCUCAAAGUCUCGUCUCAGUCUGUGAAGUUUUCCGCUCCAUUCAUUCUCUCCGUGUCCUCUCCCUCAUUCGCUCGCCCCGUCUCCUCCACCCCUCGCGUCGAUCGAGCGACGUUCUCUCAACAAUCGUCUCCAUACUUCUCAACUCAUUGUCCAUCUCUCAUCUUCAUCUCAAGAGACGCAUCGUCGUCAAAAUCACCAUCACCCUGCGUCUCGUAUUCUCAAUGCUGUCAUCUCCAUCCACCCGUCUCUCCUCUCAUCUUCCCUCCGUCUCUCUGCUUUCCAUCUCCCGUUACGAUAUCUCCAGAAGAUGUGUUGCCACUGAUUACUUGAACGAGCUCUCAAACGUUCUCAUCGCCAUCUCCCUGAGCUCCUCCGUACGUUUCGUCGUUUCUCCAUCGCUUGCAUCUCCUGCGGUGCUCACCGAUUUAUCUCGGGUCUGAACAUCUCCCGCCUGUCCAAUCUCCUCCUCGCCUCCGUUCAACUACCGCCUCGCUCCUCCUCGUCGACCCCUCGCUCUCCUCCAAACAUCUCAACACCGCGUGUCUCUCACUGGGUCACCCCCUACCACACCUCCAGCUGUCGUCUGAUUCCACUCCGUCAAAUCUUUACACACCUCAAUACCAAUCCUCGUCCGCCAUCUCUCUCCUGCCCAUCUCGUCUCACCCGGGCGAUCUCUCUCUCAACAUCUCUCUGAACAUCUCUCUCCUGCCCCACCCGUCAGGCGACAUCUCCGACAAGUCGCUCCCUCUCCAAGAGGCAAGGACGUGGGGGGAAGCGUGCUCGUCGUUUAGUAACAGUCGUUGUUGUCAUGGCUCUCCAUCUCAGCCCAGCUCCAUCGCCAGAUCACCGACCUCAUCAUCACCACCAUCACCAUCAUCAUCCUCCUCCACCUCCUCCUCUGCUGCUCCUCCUCCUCGCCGCGAGCGCCGUUGCGCUCUCCUCGGGCCGGGCCGAGGCUCAGGAAGCGGGGGGCCACCCGAGCUGCCCCCUUGGAGAGGAGACCCCCGCCGAGGGGGUCCGCUACCCCGCGUGCCGCUGCGGGGUGGAGUUCGCGCGCCCCCUGCCCGAGGAGAUUCUCCCCGCGGACCCCGCGAGUCGCCGCGAGCAGGGCUACCACCGCGACGAGGUCGGGGGCUGGUACUACUGCAGGCGGUGUCGGGACUGCGCGCUGGGGGGCCGCGUGAUGCUGGCGGGGUGCUCGCGGGCACGGGACGCGGUGUGCGGGGGCUGCGCCCGGCCCGGCGCCCGCUACGACGCCCGCGUGCUGGCGUGCGUCCCCGACGGGGAGCACGAGCGCAGGGGGAACGAGCCGGCGGCGUCCAGCACGCGCGUGGACAACAUCACGGAGCAGGUCAUAGAGGUGCUGCUGGGCCCCAGGGACGUGGUGCGGGCUCCGUGGUUCGCCCCGGCGCUCUGCCUCGCCGCGCUCGCCGUGCUGCUCCUGACGGGGCUCGCGCUGCACAUGCGGCUACGCAGCGGAGACGACGCCGUGCGGGGGCGCUGUGCAACCUGCGGGCACGCGUGAUGGCGGGGGGGGGCACGCGUGAUGGUGGGGGGGGGGGGACAGAGGGGGCGACAAAGCCGGGAAAGGGAAUUGGGGGCUAUAGUGAGAGGGGAGCUGGGGUGGGGGGGGGCAGGGAGGUCACGCUCGCACCCCCUUGCUCACCAUCAGCCGUGAUCGAUCCACUGCAGGACGAUGGAGACCCCCUCCCCCCGCCUCCGCGAUGUAAAACAAUCUACCUAGCGCCUGGCACACGAGGUGAUUUCGCAGCUCCGUCUCCGCGGCGGGGCGUCCGCUCGGGUGCCGCGUUCCUCCUCCGGCUGCCGACGGCGCCGCUCGCCGUCGGCCAAUCAGCUCGGAGCCGCCGCGGCUCGGCGUGGCCGCAAUGUUUGUCGUCGUCGUCGUCGACGUUUGUUGUUGGUGUGGUUGUUGUAAUUUAUAUUGUACGUGCACUUGCGCCUGUGACAACAGGUGGCGGGCCCUGUGAAACACGCGGCUUUGUCUUUGCUAAAUAAAUAAAAAUCCUCGACGUCAUUUG